AAAAUAAUGAUGUUUUCAAGAAUCCUCACUGGCCUCAGAACCAAGAAGAUGGAAACACAUCUGAUUUUGGGGGUUCUCCUGUCUAUCUGCAGCCUCUCCUUUAGUCAAGAAUGUGAUCAACUGCCUCAUGAGAAUAUAGAUUUCGCUGGAACAGACAUCAAAUUCGUCUUUUCUCCUGAUGCCAAUCACUGUCAGCAGCUUUGCACCCAGCACCCCGCCUGCCUCUUCUUCACCUUUGUUCGUGAGGACUGGACCAAGGACAACAGGCACUUCUACUGCUACCUGAAGACCACUCCCUCUGGACAGCCCAAUGUUCGGACUCCGCUGUUGGGCGUCACCUCUGGAUUUUCUCUCAAACUCUGCAACCCAUCUCCACGUCGGCCCACACAACAGCCUUGUCUGCCUAAGGUUUACCAGAACGUAGACUUCCCAGGGUCAGACUACCGCACCUUGUUCACGGCCGACUAUGAGGAGUGUCAGAGAGCCUGCACACAGGAUCCCGCCUGCCAGUUCUUUACUUUCGUCAAUGUGGGCUACACAUCAGAGAAGAUCAGGUACAAGUGCUUCCUUAAAUUCAGCUGGGCGGUACCAAUACUACCUGUUGUUCAACGCAAAACUAAUGUAGUAUCUGGAUUUUCCCGAGAUUCACACCCAACUCAAGGAUCUAAACCAGCAUGUAGGAGAAAGCUUUUCCCAAGCACUGAAAUCCAAGGAAAUGUCCUUGCGACUGUUCAGGCUGCCUCUCCUGAACACUGCCAGGUUCUGUGCUCCGCUCAUUCAAUCUGCACCUUCUUCACUUUUGUCAGGAACAACUUCAAUUGUCAGCUGAAGGAAAACAAAAUUGAAAUGGUGCUCAGAGCCAAAGAAGGAGUGACAUCUGGAUUACCAGCACGGUUCUGUCAGGCGGAUGAAAGCUGGCUUCAGGUCACUCAUGAAAACGUAGAUUUCCAGACCAGUGACAUUCGAUACGAGCUGAUGGACGAUGCAAGCACUUGCCAGCUGACCUGUAAUGAGGAUGCCAACUGCCAGUUCUUCACCUAUGCCAAAGCAACGUUAUCCGACGUCAUGUACACUAGGCGCCGCUGCUACCUCAAGCGUGCCAUCACCAUGCCUGCUCCUCCUAAAGUUACCAAACUGGCCAAUGUUGUUUCAGGCUUCCAACAGAGGAACUGCUUGAACUUUGAUUCACACUCUGUUGCUUAGUUAUGGUCACUUGCUCUGUUGGUUGGCCCAAAGAUCAUUUGAUUGAUCAAUAAAACAGAAAGAACUUCA